AUGAUUUUUUUAAGAAGCGCCUUAUACUUAUUGACAUUGUACUGUUGGAUCUUUACCGAUACAUUGGCGAUGUAUUUGAACAUAUCCGUAAGCAAUGCUUUUGGGUCAUCAUUUACAAAGCAACAUACCUCCUCAGUUAAACUAUCGGCUAUUGAUACUGACACAGGAAUGUGCUCGUUAGUAAAGACAGUGCUUUUACCGUGUUGA